AUGCUCGCUUCCCAUUUGUAUUCCAGAUCUUCUGUUCAGAAUGGGGCCUCCUCUUUACCUCCUAUCAGAUUUGGCCCUUCCCUCCUACCAAGGAGACCGCUGGUAACAUUCACAUUUUUACAUGGAAUUUUUCGAAAUAAAGGGGGCGGUAUAGGAUUCGAACCCCCGAUAUCACUGCUAAGACCCUCCGACUCGCCCACUCGAGCCGCUUAGCCCUUCUUUAAAAUUGGUCAUGAAGGUGCAUCAGAUUUAGGUUCUGCUUUAGCAAAGUGCACUAAUCUCUCAAAUUUGACACUUAUACUUAAUUUCAAUAAAAUUGGUGCAAUUGGGGCAUCAAGCUUAAUUUCUGCUUUAGCAAAGUGCACUAAUCUCUCAAAUUUGAAUCUUGAUCUUAGUAACAAUAAAAUUGGUGAUGAAGGUGUAACAAGUUUAGGUUCUGCUUUAGCAAAGUGCACUAAUCUCUCAAAUUUGACACUAAACCUUAAUUACAGUAAAAUUAGUGAUGAAGGUGCAUAAGGCUUAUGUACUGCUUUAGUAAAGUGUAUUAAUCUCUCAAAUUUAGAACUUUAUCUUAAUGGCAAUCAAAUUAAUGAUGAAGCUGCAUCAGGUUUAGGUUCUGCUUUAUCAAAGUGCAUUAAUCUCUCAAAUUUGAUACUUGAACUUAGUGGGAAGAAUAUUGAUGACUAAAGUGCAUAGCGCUUUGGUUCUUCUUUAGCAAAUUGCACUAAUCUCUCAAAUUUGACACUUAACCUUUUUGACUGUAAAAUUAGUAAUUAAGUUGCAUCAAGAUUAGUCUCUGCUUUAGCAAAUUGCACUAAUCUCUCAUAUUUAGUACUUAAUCUUCAAUUGAAUUAAAUUAAUGAUUAAGGUGCAUUGGGGUUAGGUUCAGCUUUAGCAAAUUGUACUAAUCUCUCAAAAUUGAUACUUUUACUUGGAAAAAAUUAAAUUGGUGAUGAAGGUACAUCAAGGUUAGGUUAUGCUUUAGCAAAUUGCACUAAUCUCUUAAGUUUGACACUUUAUCUUAAUAAUAAUUAAAUUGGUGACUAAGGUGCAUCAAGGUUAGGUUCUGCUUUAGCAAAUAGCACUAAUCUCUCAAAUUUGACACUUUUACUUUGCAACAACUAAAUCUAUGUAUCAUAAUAAUUGAAAAUAAAAAGCAAGUGUCUUAAAUCAAAAAGAUUAGUUUUAUUUGAAAUAAAUUUCUAAUGGUGA